UGCAGGAGUUUGCUUUGCAUGUCUUUGUCACUAAGAAAAAUACCAGAUGACAUCCCUUCUAACAUGCGGAAAGUUAGGAUAGAAAAAUGCCACCUUACUGAACUACCUCGGGGGUCUUUUGCAGGUGUCCAUGCCUUGGAAUAUCUAUGGCUCAAUUUUAAUAACAUUACAGUAAUGCAUAUAAAAAGUCUGGAAGAUGUAAAACGUCUCAAAGAGCUACGUCUACAGGGGAACAAGCUACGAUCAGUACCAUGGACAGCGUUUCAUGAUACCCCUUCUUUAAAGAUAUUGGAUUUAAAACACAACAGGCUAGAUGUACUUCCCGAGCACGCCUUAAGGUUUCUUGCUAACCUGACCUACUUAGACUUAUCCUUCAAUCAGCUUACAAUCAUCUCUAAAGAUGUGUUCUCAAAUUGGCCUCUGUACCAAAAAGCACAUGGAUCAGAAGCAAGAGUGGAAAUUCUUUCCAAUGCAGUCCUGGCAUUGCAUGAUAAUCCAUGGAUGUGCGACUGUCGUCUGAAAGGCUUUGUCCAUUUUGUUAAAUCAGUCAGUCCCCCUAUUAUACUGAUGAAUUCCUAUUUAACCUGUUCUAGCCCACGCUCCAAAGCUGGCAAAUAUUUUCAUGAAGUUGAAUUGAAUAGUUGCACAAAGCCUAUUACUUCCACUGUGGUAUCAAACAUUACUAUACAAGAGGGACGCAAUGCCUCAAUAAUAUGUAUGGUUCAAGCAAGUCCUGUACCUUUAAUAUCAUGGAGCUUUGGUCAGAAAAUCAUUAAGACAUUUAAUGUAACCACCACGCCUAUUAAUGAAGAAACCAUAAAGUCCGAGCUUGUUAUACCCACCGUACAUGUUACAGAUGCAGGAAUUUAUAAUUGUAUAGCUACAAAUUACUUGGGCAACUCUUCCACUUCAAUAAUACUAAGCGUUCAGUCUCAAAAACUGGGAGAUCCUUUUACAUCUCUUUCCUACUCUCUACCACCAUCGUCAUCAUCAGAAGAGAAUGUCUACAUUGAUGUUAGGAUUUCCAAGCAGACAGUUUAUGGAAUAGCUUUAGAGUGGUUUGCGGUUACAGAGAAUCCAAAGGAAACAUGGUACGCUAUAUAUUUUGGAAAAUAUGAAGAGAAUAAAGAUGUAAUUUAUAUUGGCCCUGGCAUUUAUACUUAUUCUAUUAAUAAUUUACUACCAGCGACAAAAUAUGAAGUGUGUGUCACAUUGAAGAAUCAACUACCCAGGAAAGACCAAUGUAUUGUGUUUGUGACUGGCAGUGACAUCAGUGGACUGGAGCAAAGAGAGAAACUUAUCCAUAUUAUUGUGAUAGUGUGUGCCAUGGUAUUGGCAGUGCCUGCUGGGAUGUAUGCCUGUACCACGGAAACAAGGUUUAACUGCCUUGAAAAGUGCUUGGGCCUAUGCAGACGAAAACACAAGGCCCAGAAAAACCUGAAGAAAGAAAACACUAAAGAAAGUACCUUUGACAGUCUACAAGCUAGCAGUGAGGAAGGUCUAUGUCAACGUGAAGGCAAUGAGGAAAAUCGGAGAAGGAGAUGUUCUGAAGAGAAAAUUAACAAACAAAAACCUGACCACAGAAACACUGCAGAAUUAUAUUAA